AACAUAUCGAGGCAUUUGAGAGAGACCUCGAGGGUUGAAGAUAGUAUAUCGACAACAGAGAACACACUGCUGUCAUAUUGGUCGCUGUCACUCUAUCAUUCAGUCUGUCAAAAUUUCUGAUCAAUAUGCCGUUCAUCAAAGUUCAGAACAAGAAGCUGUUUUACGCCCAAGUGGACGCUGAAACAGCCUCAAAAGAUGGUCCAGUACUGGUAUUCAUCCAUGGCCUUGGGUCAUCUCACUCGUUUUAUAUACCUGUCAUGAACCAGCUUGCGACUGCAGGAUACUCAUCGAUUGCGUUGGAUGUCUAUGGCAGUGGCCUUUCCGUGUUGUCAGAAGGGGUUGAAGAUCCUACAUUUGACACAAUCGCGAGUGAUGUUAAGGCUUUACUGGAAGGAUUAAGCAUUCGACCCGAAAAUGCCGUCGCCGUUGGACAUUCCAUGGGCGGUAUCAUUGUACCAAAGCUCGCUCUGAAGUGCAGCCUCCGCGGCGCAGUCCUCAUUGGCCCUGUGUUGCCAAAGCCUGCAAUGGCCGAGAUCUUCAAUAUUCGCAUAGGGACAGUCAAGAAAGAAGGAAUGGAGCCAAUGGCCAAAACUAUUCCCUUCGCCGCGACAGGUUCCAAGGCAACUUUGACACAAAAGGCAUUCAUUCGAGCACUGUUGCUAUCGCAAGAGCCCGAGGGAUACAUUGCCUUGUGUCGCGCCAUUGCGCAAGCAGAAUUGCCUCCCUACGCAAACAUCAAAUGCCCCGUGCUUGUUCUUUCUGGUGAAGAGGACAAAACAAGCCCGAUCCCGGAUGCGCAAAAGAUUCUAUGCGAUUGGGGUUGCAGCGACUCGUCGAAGAGCAUGCAUAUUUUGCCUGGAGUUGGUCAUUGGCACUGUAUUGAGGCAGCAGAUGAAGUUGGUUCCAAAAUACAAGAGUUCCUAUCCAAACUGGGUUAAGGGUUUAAGAUAAGAUAUAGAUUAAUCAGUAUCAAAAUGUAUCUCUUCGCGACUUCAAUCACAAGAGAGUGCAUUCAAGAUUGCUUCUGUUGUAAUGCCAGACUACGUGUUUGCUGUUUGUGACCAAGC